AUGGAUCGCACGAGUAUAGGAAAUUCAAUAGGAAGGAGUUUGACGUCUCCGAAAAAACGCAUGUCAAUAGUACAAUCUUUGAAGAAAAAUAACUCAUCAAUGAACGUGUCUGGUCGUUUGAAUCAGUCUGCACAAAUAAUAUGUAAAACUGUCAAUCAUGUGGUGGAAAGUUUUGAAUCCCCUUUACCAGUCCUAGUUACUGAGGCUUUAACAUUUGUAGACAGAAAUAUUGCCAUUAGUAUAAAUAUUUCGGAAGAUGGCUGGGUUUGGCUUGUAUGCGGUCGUAGAUUGCUCGUUUGGCAAUAUAAAACAACGAUUCACGAUUCAAAGCAAAAGAGAACGUUUAAAACUCAGUGUCGCGAAUUGUUAUUGCCCCAAAGUGAUUUAGCUCAUAAAGCAGACUGCAUAGCCAUGUGGUUACCUUUGGGCCAUCAGGUUCCUAGUUGCAUGGCUGUGUCUCCUGAAGGUAUUGUACGUUUCUGGGCUAGUGUAGCACACGAAGAAUCGUAUAUAGAAACAAGUGCGGAACUGGCUGGACAAGAAGUCAAUUGUCUUACUUACAUUCCUGGUCACGGUUGUAUUUUAGCUACAACUACAUGCACGGUAGCGUUAUUGCAACCGCAUUUUGCUAAUGGUAAAAAUAGCAUAAUGUGCCAAGUCCUUAGGACGAGUCAAGGAUGGCUAGGCGGCAUAGGACGUAGAAUGACCUCUCUUAUUUUUGGAGCUAUGCCUCAGUCGCCGGUUAUAGAAACGAAAUUACUGAAGGUUGUGUGUACAGAAUUGGUUGAUAGAGGAUCGAGAGUUCUUAUUUUAGCCGGUUCGUCUCUACAAUAUUGGUCUUUCCCUCGUAACGAACAGGAAAAAAUGGAAUUCGACGAAGAUAUCGGGCAUAUUAUUUCGCAAAUGUUUCAAAGAAAAAUUAUGGAAUUAGGUACGUGUAAUCCGCAAAGUAUAGGCACGUGGUUAAUUGAUAUGCAACCUUGCGACGAAGGCAUAGUAUUUUUAAUGGCAGCACAAUGUACCGACGUAUCGCGUCAAAUUCACUUUGCGCUUGGUCUGCUACCGCUAACUUCCACAACAUUAGGAAAUACGUUUAAUUGGUUUAUACCGAUUAAAAUUGAUCUCUUUCUGUUCGGCCCCUGCACAGAUUCGAAUUUAGUUUCUUAUCGGUUUAUGUUCUCCGGCUGGGAAGCCAUAAUGUACGACGACCACUACGUAUUCGUUGUGAACUGCAUGUCUGAUCACGAACAAGAUAAAAUACGUUUAGCACGAAAUGAAGAUAGUAUUCUCGGUGGCGCUUUGUGUUCAGGAAUUCCAGUUUUAUUUACCAAAAAUUUUGGUUUGGUUUCUAUCAUGCCAACGGAUUUCAUGUCUCAAGAUUUUAAUAUGACUUUUCCUGAUACAAACGCAAGUACAGAUUAUACGUAUCAAAAUGCACAAAAUUUUACUAGUCUCAUAAGCAACGAAGAAGUUCAAGACAUGUUUUACAGUUCCGAUGGAGCCACGCAAUUGCGCGCCGCGUUUCUUCUUAGUCUGCGUCAAAAUAAGUCGCAGUGCGAAGAAAUUUUAUCGCAACUGUUCCCUUUGCAAGAAGAGCCAGUGAUGGAUAUAGAUGCUAGCCUUGAUACUCUGGUAUUGAAAGUUGCUCAAGACUUGAUAGACGAUUACCCGGCAAACGAUCCGCGUUGGUCAAAUCACAGGGACUUGUCCAUGACAAUAAACGCGGUUACUUCUAUGCAAAUAUCUCAUCAGUUGGAGGGGAAGCAGAAAGCAUUGGAUUUAUUUGUAUUAUUUCUAAAAGAACAUGAUUUAUGGAAUCGAUUCUGUGCUGUUACGUAUAGAGGAAUAAUUAUGUCUACUCCGCAUGUUCUUGGUGAAUACGCAGAAAAAAUAGUUGCAGCAUUGACUAUAUAUAAUCUCCAAAAUAGAUAUUCUAGUAUCGUGGAUGCUGUGAUAGAACAAACUUUAAGCCCCGAAUCGUACGUGUCUGAUGAAUUAACGACCCGCGAUAUUUUUUAUCGUGAAGUGAGCACGGUGCACAAAUUUUUUCCUACCUUGGUAAAUAAUACAUGCCAAGUGACAGAAUCUGAAAGACCUAUUCAACAAGUAGCUCAUUAUAUUAUACAAGUGAACGCCAUAUUAUUGAGUGUAUUACACGAGGUACUUAAAUACCGGCAACAUAAUGCUGAACGUUACAUUCCUACGAGGCGUUCAAGCAAUAUAACGGAAUAUCUUCCUUGGACGGUGGCAAUUGGUAAACAUGGACUAAGAAAUUGUCUUACUACGAUGUAUAAUUUAACUCUUAAACACGGCCUGACUGGAACCAACGAUUCAACAGUGAGGAACGAAUUAUAUGAACAAUUAGUGGGUUUCAUAGAUUUAAUAUUAGACGGUCGUAAAUGUCAUUUAGAAAGUGUAUGGGGUACAGAAAAGUAUAAUACGAUACUCUUAAAACAAUAUGAAACAGAUCGAACGAAAUUGAUUCAACCUCUGAUAAAGGAAGAGCAAUACGAUAGUGCCGCGAUGCUAGCCGAAAAAUAUUGCGAUUUUGCAUCUCUUAUACAAAUAUGCGAAUUGACUAACAAUAAAAACCGAUUAGACGGCUAUAUGGAAAAAUUCUCAGACCAAAACUUCGUGGAAUUUUUAUUUUCAUGGUACGUGAAGGAUGGUCGACAAGGUCAACUAGUAGAAAAGUGUAGACGCGGUGAUACCGUUGAAUUGUCAGAAAAAUUAGCAGAACAUCCUACUUUGUCUUGGGUUCAGUCCGCGCUCACGGACGAUUUACGAUUCGCCGCCAACACGCUUCAUUCCUUAGCGUCUCAAGAAACCGAAUUGGUGACACGCAAAAAGUCGAUGCUGUCAUUAGCAAAAUUGGCUCUUCUUGCUUCGGGCGAUCCUCAGGAAGAAUUGAGCGACUAUGUGGAAAGAAUCGACAACGAAUUGGCGUUAAUAGCUCAUCAAGAAGAUUUACCGACCCAAGUACUCACGACAUAUGGUUACGACGUGGAAAAAUUACGAGUUUUCAAACCAACGGAAUUAAUUACGUUGUAUACGUCCGAAGACAACAUAGACGCGAACGAGUACGAUUUUAAAAAAGCUCUCGAUUUACUUGAUUACGUGGAAGACAAAGACGAGAAAGCAUCUUUGAAGUUACGAAUUUGGGCGCGAGCUGCCAAACGGGAUCAGUGGGACACUAUAGGAAAGAAUCCUGAAGAACAAGUACAAGAAACGAUAUUCUUCAAGUUAAUGGAUCUUGCACAUUUUAUGGGCGACCUGGCGACUCAGUUUCUUCCGCCAGUGGAUAUGUUAUUGGAAGAGCCUGAACUGGGAAGCCUUGCUGAGUCGAACAACUUUCAAUUCCUGAUAAAGUUCGUGUACGAGUAUACAUAUCACAAUUAUUAAUCUACCAGAUCAGUUUUGAUGCUAGUGAUGGGAUUUAAAAGCGCUUCGAAUUUAAUCGACGUUUACCUGCGCAUUUGAAUGAAGAAGUUACAUUUUGUAUUCGAAAAUAUGUAUCAGGACA